GGGCAACGAGGCAUCCGCGCUCCCCCGGGCAGCGCCGCCACGCAAGGCCGAGGCUUCACUAGGCCGCGCUAGGCCGCGCGUUGCUAAGCAACGCGCCGCGCGCUCAGGCCACUUCCUGCUCUAAACCCGCGGUCGCUUAGCAACGCGUCGCGCUGCCGACGUCACUUCCCCCUUCUUCUUCGCCCGGCGCCGCCAUCAUGGCGGCUGUGUCGGUGUUCCCGUCCCAAGGCGAGCUCGGCGCGGCCCUGGCGCGGCUGGUGGCGGAGGCGGCGGCCGAGGCGGUGGCGAGCGGCGGCCGCUUCACGCUGGGGCUGUCCGGGGGCUCGCUGGUGCCGCUGCUGGCGCGGGAGCUGCCGCCCGCCCUCAGCGCGGCGCCCGGCGCGGAGCCGGCGCGCUGGCUCGUGGCGUUCUGCGACGAGCGCCUGGUGCCGCCCGAGCACCCCGAGAGCACCGGCGGCGCCUACCGGGCCCAGCUGCUGUCCCAGCUGCCCCCCCCCGGCCCCCGGGUGCUCGGGGUCAGCCCCGGGCUGGGCCCGGCCGAGGCCGCGCGCGACUACGAGGAGCAGCUCCGGAGGGCGUUCCCGGGCAUGGACAUCCCCCAGUUUGACCUGCUGCUGCUGGGGGUGGGGCCGGACGGACACACCUGCUCGCUGUUCCCGGGCCACGCCCUGCUCCAGGAGCAGACGUCCCUGGUGUGCCCCGUCCUGGACUCCCCCAAGCCGCCUCCCCAGCGGGUGACGAUGACGCUGCCGCUCCUCAACGCGGCCAAGUCCCUCCUGGUGGUGGCCACCGGCGCCUCCAAGGCCCCCGUGCUCAAGCGCAUCCUGCAGGAGCAGCAGCAGCCCCUGCUGCCGGCGGCGCGGCUGCGGCCGCGCUCGGGGCGGCUCCGCUGGCUCCUGGACCGGGCGGCGGCGGCCGAGCUGCAGAUCCCGCUGGAAAAAUGCUCCUGAAAGUCAGGAAUUCCUGGGAAAAUGGGCUGGGGAGGGAGGAAUGGAUGGGAAUGGGGGGAUUCCGGGGGAAAAUGGCGUUAAAAUGGAGAAAUUCCGGAGAAAAAUGGCGUUAAAAUGGAAGAAUUCCAUGGAAAAUGGUUUUUAAAUUGAGGAAUUCCCAGGAAAAAUGUACUUAAAAUUGAGAAGUUCCGUGGAAAAAUGUCCUUAAAAUGUAGAAAUUCCAGGAAAAAUGGCGUUAAAAUGGAGAAAUUCCAGAGAAAAAUGUCCUUAAAAUGUAGAAAUUCCAGGAAAAAUGUCUUUAAAAUCAAGGAAUUGAGGGAAAAUGUCCUUAAAAUGGAGAAAUUCCGUGGAAAAUAUUCUUAAAAUGGAGAAAUUCCAUGGAAAAAUGGCUUUAAAAUUGAGGAAUUCCAUGGAAAAAUGUCCUGGGACUUCCUCUGUUCCUGGGGAAAAUGUCCCUGAAAUUCAGGAAUUCCGGGGAAAUGGGCUGGGGAGGGAGGAACAGCUGGGGAUGGGGGGAUUCCGGGGAAAAAUGGCGUAAAAAUGGAAAAAAUCCAGGGAAAAAUGGCGUUAAAAUGGAGAAAUUCCGGGGGAAAAUGGCCGUGAAAUGGAGGAAUCCCAUGGAAAAUGGUUUUUAAAUUGAGGAAUUCCCAGGAAAAAUGUUCUUAAAAUGGAGAAAUUCCGGGGAAAAAUGUCCUUAAAGUUGAGAAAUUCCAGGGAAAAUGUCGUUAAAAUGGAAAAAUUCCAUUGAAAAUGUCUUUGAAAUGGAGGAAUUCCCUGCAAAAGCAGGAAAAAUGUCCUUAAAAUGGAGAAAUUCCAUGGAAAAUGGUCUUGAAAUGGAGGAAUUCCCAGGAAAAAUGGGAAAAAUGGAGAAAUUCCAUGGAAAAUGGUUUUUAAAUGGAGGAAUUGCAGAGAAAAAUGGUUUUAAAAUGGAGGAAUUCCCAGGAAAAAUGGUCCUGGAAGUGAAAAUUCUAAUGGAAAAUUAAUUAUUUCUUGAUUUAGAGCUGAAAUUCUUGGGUAAAAUGUCCUUAAACAGAGGAAUUACAGGAAAAAAAAACGCAGGAAAAAUGUUCUUGAAAUCGAGGAAUUCCUGGAAAAAUGGGCUGGGAAUUGAAUUCCAUGGAAAAAUGGGAGAAAUGUCCUUAAAAUGGAGAAAUUCCAGGGAAAAUGUCCUUAAAAUAGAGAAAUUCCAUGGAAAAAUGGGAAAAAUGUCCUUAAAAUGGAGAAAUUCCAGGGAAAAAUGGGGGGGAAAUGUCCUCAAUUCCUGGCAAAAACGGUUCUGGAAGUGAGAAUUCCCAUGGAAAAUUAAUUAUUUAUGGAUUUAGAGCUGGAAUUCCAGGGAAAAAUGGGGAAAAUGUCUUUAAAAUGGAGAAAUUCCAGGGAAAAAUGUCCUUAAAAUGGAGAAAUUCCAGGAAAAAUGUCCUUAAAAUGGAGAAAUUCCUGGGAAAAAUGGGAAAAAUGUCCUUAAAAUGGAGAAAUUCCUGGGAAAAAUGGAAAAAAUGUCCUUAAAAUGGAGAAAUUCCUGGGAAAAAUGGGGAAAAUGUCUUUAAAAUGGAGAAAUUCCAGGGAAAAAUGUCCUUAAAAUGGAGAAAUUCCAGGAAAAAUGUCCUUAAAAUGGAGAAAUUCCAUGGAAAAAUGGGAAAAAUGUCCUUAAAAUGGAGAAAUUCCAUGGAAAAAUGGGAAAAAUGUCCUUAAAAUGGAGAAAUUCCAGGGAAAAAUGGGAAAAAUGUCCUUAAAAUGGAGAAAUUCCAGGAAAAAUGUCCUUAAAAUAGAGAAAUUCCAUGGAAAAAUGCCCUGAAAAUUGAGGAAUUCCUGGGGAAAAGUGGAAAAAUGUCCUUAAAAUGGAGGAAUGAAAUGGAAAAAUGGUUUGAAAAUUGAGAAAUUCCAUGGAAAAAUGUCCUGGGAAUGGAAAAAUUCCCAUGAAAAUAUCUCAGGAAUUGAGAAUUUUUAUGGAAAAAACCACUCCAGGAGCUGGGAAUUCCACUGGGAAAUUAUUUGGGAUUUCAGAGCUGGAAUUCCUGGGGAAAAGGUCCCAAAAAAUGGAGGAAUUCCAUGGAAAAGAUUCCAGGAAUUAAAGGAUUUUCUGUGGAAAAAUGGCCCAGGAAUUGAGAAUUCCAACGGGAUUUUUGGACUCUUUUAUUUGGGAUUUUUGACUUUUUAUUUUGGGAUUUUUGGACUUUUUGGGGAGGAUUUUUGGACUCUUUUUUUGGGAUUUUUCACGGGAUUUUUUGGGAUUUUUAGACUCUUUUUUGGAGGAUUUUUUCUUUUUAUUUUGGAUUUUUUGACUCUUUUAUUUGGGAUUUGGACUGGAUUAAUUGGGAUUUCUGGGCUGUUUUAUUUGGGAUUUUUUUACUUUUUGGGGGGAUUUUUUGGGGAUUUUUGGGGAUUUUUUGGGAUUUUUGGACUCUUUUUUUGGGAUUUUUCACGGGAUUUUUCACGGGAUUUUUAGACUUUUUUGAAGGAUUUUAACUUUUUAUUUUGGGAUUUUUGGACUCUUUUAUUUGGGAUUUUUUUUUUUGACUGGAUUAAUUGGGAUUUUUGGAAUUUUUGGGAUUUUUUACUUUUUAUUUUAGGAUUUUUGAAGUCUUUUUUUGGGGAUUUUUUUCUUUUUAUUUUUGGAUUUUUGGACUCUUUUAUUUGGGAUUUUGGACCGGAUUAAUUGGGAUUUCUGGGCUCUUUUAUUUGGGAUUUUUUGACUUUUUGGGGGGAUUUUUUGGGAUUUCUGGACUCUUUUUUGGGAUUUUUGGCUGAAUUUUUUUUUUAAUUUUUGGACUAUUUUUUGGGAUUUCUGAACUCUUUUUUUUGGGACUUUUGGACUCUUUUUUUGUCGAUUUUUAGCUGGAUUUUUUGGGAGCAGGGGGCGCUUUGGCUGAGCUGGAAAUUCCCAGAAAAUCCUCAAAAUUCCGGGAAAAAAAAAAAAAUUAAAAAUCACAGAAAUCAAAAAAUUCCAAAAUCAGGAGCGGGGCCGGGAAUCCCAGCGGGAACUGGGAGAGGAAAAAUGGGAUGAAAAUGGGACCAAAACUCGGGAUUUUGGAGUUUUAGGAGAUUUUAUUUUGAUUUUUUGGAGAAUAAACGGAGCUUGGCUGAGCUGGAA